AUGUAUCCCAUAAGAAUGGCAAAAUCACUGUCAUUCCUAGCAAGGAACACAAUCCCAACACUUUACCACAAAAAUCAAGUUUUUAGGCCUUUCUCUUUCCACAAAUCAGGACCCAAAAAACCAAACAAAGUGUUAACCAACGCUCUAAGAGUUCUCAAACUCGUAUCACCCAAAAUAACUGUCACUGAUAUUGAAAAUCGUCGAAGCCAUCUUAGGCUAGUUGAAGACAUUUUAGACAACACUGCCAUAAAUUCUCUUGGUGAUGAUAAUUCAGUUAUUUUAAAAACUGUUACUCAACCCACUGUUGAGUCCUCAGUUCUAGAUAUGGAACAAGGAUUGGGAAUUGAUGUAUGUUUUUUGUCCCAUGCUUUGAGUUCAUGUGGGUACAAACGUGAUCUUUAUGGAGGAAUUCAAUAUCACUGUUUGGCGAUCACAACUGGGUUUAUUGCUAAUGUUUAUGUUGGAAGCUCUUUGAUAAGUUUGUAUGGUAGAUGUGGUUUGUUAAGGGAUGCAUAUUGCGUGUUUGAUGAAAUGUCUGAGAGAAAUGUAGUUUCGUGGACGGCGAUCAUUGCUGGGUUUGCGCAAGAAUGGCGGGUUGAUAUGUGUUUGGAGCUCUUUCGUCAGAUGAGGAGUUUGGAAUUGGAACCUAAUUAUUUUACUUACACUAGUCUGCUUAGUGCUUGUAUGAGCAGUGGAGCACUUGGUCAUGGGAAGGGUAUUCACUGUCAAAUAAUUCGAGUGGGUUUUCUUUGUUAUCUUCAUGUUGACAAUGCUCUUGUUGCUAUGUAUUCUAAAUGUGGGGCAAUUGAUGAUGCAUUGUAUAUAUUUGAAAACAUGGUGAAUAAGGAUGUUGUAACAUGGAACUCUAUGAUUGUUGGGUAUGCACACCAUGGGCUUGCACCAGAGGCAAUAUGUCUCUUUGACGAGAUGACCAAGCAAGGUGUUAAUCCAGAUGCGGUAACUUUCCUUGGUAUCUUAUCCUCGUGUCGGCAUGGAGGUCUUGUUAGAGAAGGUCAAUUUUACUUUAGUUCCAUGGUUGAUCAUGGUUUGCAGCCAGAGCUAGAUCACUAUUCUUGUAUUGUAGAUCUUCUUGGUCGGGCUGGUUUGCUUCUUGAGGCUCUUGAUUUCAUAAAAAAUAUGCCUGUCUGUCCUAACGCUGUGAUAUGGGGUUCCUUGCUUUCUUCCUCUAGACUUCAUGGAAGUGUUUGGAUUGGCAUCCGAGCAGCGGAAAGCAGGUUAUCGUUGGAACCAGGGUGCGCAGCGACACUUCUACAGCUGGCAAAUCUGUAUGCAAGUGUUGGUUGGUGGACUCAUGUAGCUCGAGUGCGGAAAUUGAUGAAAGACAAAGGUCUAAAGCCAAAUCCUGGUUGUAGUUGGAUUGAAGUAAAGAACAAAGUCCACAGAUUUGAAGCGCAAGAUAAGUCAAACAGUAGAAUGAAUGACAUUCUUUUGAUGAUGGAAAAUCUUGUAGACCACAUGAGUGGCUUAAGCCUUCAUUUUAAGAUGUCUGAGGAGGAAAAUAUUUGGUUUUCAUAA